UGAUAGUGUAGUUUGGAGUCACCAGGACUCAGAAGUGAAAACAGCAGCGAGCUCACAUCUCUCCCAGUCCCAACUGUUUUUUCUUUUUUCUUUCUAUCAUUUCGGCUGCGGCUACUUUACGACUCGUACAUUCAUGUAAAUACAUCAUUUUUUCUUUUUUUUGUCUAUUUCUUUAAAUAACAAAGAAGAAGAAGAAAGAAGAUGGAACUUAACUCUCUGUUGAUUCUGCUGGAGGCGGCAGAAUACUUGGAGAGGAGAGACAGAGAGGCAGAACACGGCUAUGCGUCCGUGUUACCGUUCAGCAGCGACUUUUCCCGAAAGAAAACGAAAGCGUCGCCAAUUUCCAGGAAAAAUCACAACAAUAGAUCGUCACACAACGAGCUGGAGAAACACAGACGUGCCAAACUACGGCUGUACUUGGACCAGUUGAAGAAGUUGGUGCCUUUGGGUCCAGACAGCACGAGACACACCACACUGAGCUUGCUGAAAAGGGCCAGGAUGCACAUCAAGAAGCUGGAGGAGCAGGACAAGAAGGCUUUGAAUGUGAAGGAGCAGCUGCAGAGAGAGCACCGCUACCUCAAACGCCGCCUGGAGCAGCUCUCCGUGUCCGGGUCUGUGGAGCGCCUCCGCACUGACAGCAUGGGCUCGACCAUCUCCACCGACUCCGAGCAAGAUGUGGACAUCGAGGGCAUGGAGUUCACCCCCGGCGAGGCGGACAGCUUGGAUAGUAUUAGCGACGUCGAGGAAGAGGACCACUACAGCCUCCAGAGCAGCUCCAGUGACACCAGCUACACAGCCACACAUUCCCACAGACUGCAGCCGCACCACUGUUAGACACGGCGUGUCCAUCCAACUCCCAGCCAGCCUCCUCACCUGUGCGUCCCUCCGCUCACCUCGCCUUCCCCCCGACCAUUUGCCAUCGCCGCCCACUACCUACGUCAGACCAGUCCACAACGGCGGCACACCCCUGAACCAGUUCCUCCAUUCCUGGCCCUGGGUUUCCAGGAAGCACAUGGGGCUAAAAAGCCACUCAAUCCUUCCUGACCCCCACCCUGACCACUGACCCUACCUCACCCUACUGUAUCCUGCCUGACCCUCCUCACACGCCCUGCCCCCCCACCGCCCUCACAGCGCCUACCUAGUGUUGCAACAGGCUCAGACAGAGCAGAGCAGAGCUUGUGGUUUUUAUCUGGGUCUUGUGUGGUGCGUUUGUCAGCUUUGACUUGUUGAUCAGGAUUUUUUUUUUGUGUGUGUUUGUCUGUGUAAAAAGGUUAAGAGAGGUCAGAAACUAAAUCUAAGUUUCACAUCAUCUUCACUUAGCAAUCAUACACAGACAAGGCUUUGCACUAAGUUUGUGAUGUUACUGCCAAAGCACUUCUGUUUGUUCUGCAAUAUAUGCAACAUUGGGACAUCCAAAGCUAUUUUAAAUUACAAAGUCGCUUUGCAGGUUUCCUUAUUGUUUAUUGAAACAUUCGACAGCUGAAAAAUUUGUAAAAAGCUUAAAAAAACAGUUUGACGUUUUGAGAAACUUGCUUAUUUAUUUUUUUAGUGAGAAUCAGACUCUGUUAGCGUAGCUUAGCAUAUAGACUGGACACGAGUGAACACAGAUAAACCUGUAGAAAGCUAACCACCUGUGACCUGCACCUGUAAAACUCAUUAGCAAAUCCUAUGUUGUUUGUUUUAUACUGAUAAGAACUCCAGUGUAAAUCCUGAGAAGUUGCUGUGGGUCAUGUGGAAAAUCCUGGUCAUAAAACAGUCAGGCACAUGAUCCGGACUGAUAAGUAGUCAGACACAUGACGCUGCAGAAAAACUGCAAAUAACAUUUUUAUAUUUAGCUUGCACAGACGUUCAAACUUUAAAAGCCUUAGAGGUGCGGACAGAGCCAGGUUAGCGUUUUCUAGUCUUUGCAAAGCUAAGAUUAACUGUGCAGACUCCUUCUCACCUCACAGGCUUGGGAACUGCAUCAAUGUUAUUAUCUAAUUCUCACCAAGAAUGCAAAUAAGUGUGUUUGUCCGAACUGUGGAAUAAUUAAUUUGUGUGCUGUCAAUGCUUCUGAAACAGCAAAAAUAGGACUUUUUCCAACAGCUACUUUUGUACAUGAUUAACAUCCUCACAACCAAAACGUGGCCGAUUUUUUGGCCAAAGACAAACUGAAAAGGUUUCAGAGCUGUAGCGGAGAAGAAAGGAUGUGAACAGAUGAACAGUUACUGUCCAAAACCUCCGUGUCUCCCUCUGGUUGGGUCGCCUAACCACUCCUCCACACUACUGACCACUACGCUAUACCACCCUAUAGUGUGGAUGGACUACUAUGUCAAGAAAACGAAGGAGUUGCCUCGAAAACUAAAACUCUACUCUUUAAAGAUUGGUCUAAAUCUUUUGUCUCAGUAGCGAAUUGAUGUAGCAAUAAAUACACGAGGCGGGUGCUUCCACUGGGAAAUGACACUGGUGGACCAUGAGGUUUCACAUCAGAGUUCUUCCUUCACCUGUAGAUGGUGAGUGGGUGAAUUGCAGAGAGAGGACCUGCAGAAAAAGAGGUGCAGCUUUCCUUUUUCUUUUUCACCAAUGGAUCCUUCUCUUUUCUCCCGGCCCACCAUCCCGUCUACCCAGUAGCUGGGCAUCUUUCUACAGCUCUGUUCCUUUUCAAGCAGUGUGUGUAUGUUUGUGUGUGUGUGCGCUUGUGUGUGUUUUUUCUCGCUCUGAUUAACAAGUCAAAGCUGUAAAUGUUGAAAAAAAAAGGUCAAAGUAAAAAAGGACCAGCUCUAAUGAGUAGAACUUAGAAACGUAUCAAUAUCCAGUUGUGAACUUUUAAUUUCUAUAACAAAAACUAAUUCUGAUUCUCUCUCUCUCUGCUAAACCUUAUGUAUUUUUGGAGCUUCUCUGCGCUGCUGGAGACCGAUGAGGAGAAGAUUCCUCUCGGACUUGUCUUUAACCUUAUGCACAAUCGUCACCGUUCACAGACGAGACCUGUUGCUCUCUGACAAGUCCGAGUUCCCUCAGUCUCUGGCCGUCUCUUCAGGGCUCGGUGUCCCGACGCUUCAAAAACAAAAAAGGGCCGAACCCCCCGUGGCAGGUCUGACCAAAAAAACUAAAAACUACCAGACUCGUAGGAAAACAAACAAAAAAAAACUUGCAUACGAAAGAAGCUACUCGUCACUGAAAGUGAAUCUAGCCAGUGUAGUCUAUAUUUCUUGUAUAAAAUUUUGUAUUAUAUUUUCCUAAAUGUGCUCUUGUAAUGAAAAGACAAAAAAGAGUUGAGUAUAUCUAUCUAUAAAUAUAUAUAUAUAUAUGUUUGGGUGAAUGUGUGUGUAUGUGUGUCAGAAAGAGAGAGAGAUAGGCCGACAGGGGGCCAGGCUUGUUGAAGGGAGAGUGGGGGCAGGGGAGUUGAUACACUGGCCCCCCCUCCCUUGGUUGACUCUCCUGCUGUCAUCCUGUGCCUUGGUGAGCCUCCCUCAUUGCCCCCCCCCCCCAACCUGCAGUCCCUGCUCAGGUCACACUCCCCCCCUCUUUAUCUCGUCCUCCCUCUUCUUCCUCCUCCUCCUCUGGCGGGGCUGAAAUGCCAAAACACUUCCAUGAGCAUGGGGCUCGUGAAGAGAAGGCCGCAUUACGAAUAAAGACAUAAAUAAAAAGCCCCUCCAGUCUCUACUGAGUAGCCGCUGUUGUAUGACAUCCUGUCCAGGCACUAUCCCCCCCCCCCACACACCUCCUGACGCCCAAUCAUCUGCCAGUGUCGCCACUGUCACGGAAAAAAACAACAACAACCACACACUGGUAAUCUCCCAUGGCAGCUUCCAGUCGCCCCCCGAAUGGUCAUCAACAGGGUUCAAAACUUUUUUGCGCUUGAGGCAUGUGUCUAUUUUUUUUUUUUUUGUUUGUUGUCAUUUUACUAUUGUUGUAUGUUGAUUACUGUGUGUAUGUUCAGUGGGAGUCCCUGGGAGACGAGCGAUAAAAAGAUUAAUCCAAUCGAUGGCAGCUUAAGGUGUUAUCCUCCACGCUCCCAGUGGUCCAUCCCCAGAAUAGUGUUACCCAUUGAUCAGGGGACCUCUUGAGACACAGCAAUAUUACCAUCUUGUGCUUUCUGAGGGAGGGGGGGUAUUAAGACAAGCAGGUGGUUUUGCUUUCGACUCUGUGGUGCAUUUGUUUCGGUGACCAACUCUUUAUUUUGUUUUGAUGAAUUUUACAUCCUACCUGCACUCUCUCUCCACUCACUGCAGCAGGGCAAAAAAUAAAAGAGAGAAGGAAAAAAAAAACGAAAAAACCUUUUACUUUUGGGAAAGGUCGUUUUUUUCUCUCCGUCAUCAAGUGUUUACAUUCAUGUCCAAGACUUUUUACCUGACUGUUUGUAGCAUAAAUGUCCUUCUAUUUGUUGGUCAAAUGAACAACUGAGUAAACCAUAUUGAUGGCAUAUGAUUAUUCUCUUGCACAGAACCUCCCAGUGAGAAAGACGAAUGAGAACAGCUGAGGGCCAGAUAUGAGAUUAUUCAUUUUUCAGUGGCAUCAUUGACAAAUGUACUUAGCACACACUCAACAUGAGUGUGUUAUGGUGGUUAAACAUUUAGUUUGAAUGCUGGACAGGUGGCGCUAAUGGAAAUUCUUCAAAUAUAAAUAAAUGUGCCUUUGAAAACGUUAUUUCCUUAGAAGAAACAGAGAAAGUGGAGAUUGUACCAAUUAAUGAGGACUGUCUGAUCAGUCCCCGAUGCUCCUAUUUUGAACCCCAACAGAAGAUGUUACUGCUUCUUUUCUCAAAAACAAAAGUUGAGGCUCGAGUCAAAGGAGUUGACAGGAAUCCUCAUCGAACUCUGAACAAAGGAAAGAUCAAAGCAGAACUUCAACACAGAGACGGGUUCAGUUUUACAGACUUCAGAGAUAGGGGCAGACCAGGUUUGAUGUUUUCUUUCUUUUGCUGUUGCACAGAGAUUUACUGUGUUGGGUCUUUUUUUUUUUCUUCUUCCCUUUUUUCUCAAAAGAGCACCAAAGCACAGCGUGACGUUUGGGGAAGUCAGAACGCAGAGACAGAGAGAAACAGGGUGUCUGGGUAGUGGGAUGAAACCAGGGUGAAGCAGAGAUCAGGGACAGUCUGUGCAGAGAAGGCAGAGAGGUUCGACGCCCUCGCAUCCCAGAGCCCGCUGAGCAGUGGUGCUAUUUUACAAAAAACGGCUUCCUUUAAAUUUUAUUCCUGCCAAAUGAAGAGUCACUUUUUCCCUUGCUGAAUGAUUAGUAGAGUUUAUGUAAUUCCAGCAUAAUAGCUUUAACUACUUGUAGGCUUUAGGUCAGCUUUGCGCUUCCUGGUCCUGGACUCCAGCCUUUAUGUCUUUUCUUCUUGUUAUGUAUCGAGUGACGCUCGCUCCACAGGAAGCGUUGCAUCAACUUUUCGGCUCAUCUCUUGCUCCUGCUCUCGAGGAGCGAGAGGUGGCUGGGAUUCCGUGGAGAAGAGGACGGUGGGAGUUUGCUCAGGCUGACACACUGUGCAGAGUAGGGAGAGUUCUGUGCCAGAGACCUGUGAAUAUGUUCCUUUUAGCGGAUGUGUAACAUGCAUUCAGAAGAUGUUAUAUAAGUUCCUUUUGUUGUGCGUGCGAGUGCGUGUACACGAGUACCUGGUGCUGGCUAUGUUUAGCAAACACUUGAAGGUAUUGUGCAUUCUCUCAUUGUAAUAUAAUUAAAAUGUUUUAUACGUAAA